CUUUGCCGCUCCUCCCGCGGACCGCCGGCCGGGCUGUAGUGGCCGGCGCUGGGCGGCCUCAGCGAGGGUUGCCCUGACGCUCCGUCCCGGCUGGUCGAGCGCCGCUGCUGUGUCCAUGGCGUAGCCGCGCUGCUGCGCGCCUGGCCCCGCGGGACGCGGCGUGGGCAGCCCUGCUGCCAGGCAAUUAAAGUCUAGAAGAUUUGAUUUCAAAACCUACCACAAAUUUCAAAGGAAGUAAAUCCACAUGAAGAACUACAAAGGGUGUUGAUUUGAGAAGCUACAGUACUUGCAAAAAUGUCUUCAAGUUGUGCAACUUCAGUGUUCGCUUUGAUGAUUUUUUGCUUUGCAUCUGCAGGUCCAGUGCCUAGGAGUGAAUGUGUCUUAUCACCUGUUAACAAUUCACACCCAGUCCAUGCCUUACUGGAGAGCUUUACAGUCCUAUCUGGCUGUGCAAGCCGUGGCACAACAGGCCUGCCACAGGAGGUGCAUGUCCUCAAUCUCAGAAAUCCCGAGGAGGGUCUGGGCCAUCACGAAAGAGAGGUCACAUUACAUUUGAAUCCAAUUUCAUCAGUGCAUAUUCACCAGAAGCCUCUGGUGUUUCUUCUCAACUCUCCUUUGCCUCUGGUCUGGAAGCUGAAAACAGAAAGACUGGCACCUGGAAUUCAAAGAUUUUUCUUUGUGUCUUUAGGUUCCGUUGUUCAGUUUGAGAAAGGAAAUUUCUCCUUGUCAGCAGAAACAGAAGAAAAACUUUUUCCUGAGAAAAACGAACAUCUGCUACAGUGGGCCCAGAAGGAAUAUGGAGCAGUAACAUCUUUCACUGAACUCAAAAUAUCAAGAAAUAUUUAUAUUAAAGUAGGAGAAGAUCAAGUUUUUCCUCCCUCAUGCAUCAUAGAAAAGAAUUUUCUGUCUUUAAAUUACCUUGCGGGAUACCUACAACCCAAAGCAGCAGAGGGGUGCCUUAUGUCUAACUUAGUCCAGGAAAGAGAAGUUCAUAUCAUUGAACUCAUCACUCCAAAUUCCAAUCCAAUCAGUACUUUCCAGGUGGAUAUAAUUGUUGACAUUAAACCAUCUCAACCAGGCGCCAAACUCAUCAGAGACGUCGUACUUAUCCUCAAGUGUAAAAAGUCUGUCAACUGGGUUAUCAAGUCACACGAUGUCCAGGGAAAGCUUGAAGUGAUUACAUCAAAUAGUAUUGGUUUUGGAAAGGAAACAGAGCGAUCCAUGAGAAUGACUAAAUCAGUAAUACCUGAUAUUCCCUCGUCACAUGAGAGUUUGAUCAAGUGGGCUUACGAGCAUAACUAUAGUCCAGUUACUUCCUACACAAAAGCCCCUGUUGCUAACAGAUUUCAUCUGCAACUUGAAGAUACAGAAGAGAUGAAUGAUGAAGAAGACCAUUCCCUUCCUCCAGAGCUGACAGAAUUGCUGGGUGCUAAUCCACUGCCUGCCCCGAAGAAUCCUGCAUUAAGUGAUGGCCUGACUUUUCCUUUUCACAUUAACAGAGGAAGACAUGACGCAGUGGGAGAAGGAAUCUUCCCGUCCAGUGAUUCCAUGGAUACAUUAAUAAAUCAUGGCUUUGGGCAUUCCCUUUCAAAACAUAAAGAACCUGAAGAGGUUCAGGGUAGUGCUGAUGUGGCCCUGUCAAUAAAGUGUGAUGACAAAGUCAUGACAGUAGCUGUAGAAAAAGACUCUCUGCAGGCCAGCGGCUACACAAGGACAGAACUCUCACUGCUGGAUCACUCUUGCAAAGCCAGGAUGAAUGAUACCCAUUUCAUUUUGGAGUCUUCCCUGAACAAAUGUGGGACUCAGACAGCAUAUAUCUUGAACAAGAUCGUUUAUUUUAACUCUAUUGUCAUUCAGCUGUCAUCACCAGCUGAAAGCAGUGGCUUUGAUGAUGAUGACAUGGAAUCAGGUGAUAAUGGAUUUCCAGGGGAUGCUGACGAGGGAGAUGUUGCUUUCUCAAGCUGGCCUGAAAUAGCGUUCAAUUGCACACUUAAGCAGCCAGAGGAUGACAGAGGCAUCUUCUGGCCUCCUGAACCACACAUCACCAAUGUGACCUUCAACAUGGAGCUGUACAAAACAGAUCUGUUCCUUGCUCCCUCCCAAGGACUCUUCUCUGUUGCUGAGAAUGGACCAAUAUACGUGGAGGUGUCUGUGACUAAAGCUGACAGAUCCUUGGGCUUUGCCAUUCAAACAUGCUUUGUUUCCCCGUUUUCAAAUCCAGAUAGAAUGUCUGACUACACCAUCAUAGAAAACAUUUGUCCUAAAGAUGAAUCUGUUAAAUUCUACAGUAUUGAGAGGGUGAACUUUCCAAUACCUCAUGCACAGAAGGACAAAAAAAGAUUUAGCUUUGUGUUUAAACCAAUGUUCAACAUCUCUCUGCUCUUUCUUCACUGUGAGUUGACUUUGUGUACGAAUAAAGACAAAGAUAAUCAAGGAUUGCCAAAGUGCAUUCCUCCUGAUGAAGCUUGCACCUCUCUCAAUGUGGAAAUGAUCUUGGCCAUGAUGCACAAUAAAAAAACCUUCACAAAGCCCCUUGUAAUAACACAUGAAGGAAAACCAGAAGAUCCGUCCCUUCCAAAGCCAAAUGUGAGACAACCACCUGUGUUUUACGGUCUGGACACGCUGACUGUUGUGGGCAUUGCUUUUGCAGCAUUUGUAAUUGGAGCCCUGCUAACAGGAGCACUCUGGUUUAUCUACUCUCACACAGGGGAAGCAGCAGGAAGGCAGCAGGUCCCUACAUCCCCGCCAGCCUCCGAGAACAGCAGCGCAGCACACAGCAUCGGCAGCACACAGAGCACCCCGUGCUCCAGCAGCAGUGCAACUUAGCUCCAGGGGAACCACUGAGGAGCAACAGAAGAGUGUAGAGGUUCCAAGGACUGUGUGUUGACAUCAGCAUUUUAAAGUUAAAAGGAUUGGUUUGGUUGCUUUUGAGAAAAACGAGAGAUUUUUCUAGAGUGAGGAGAGAGACAGGAAAAAAAAAAAAAAAAAAAAGACUGAUUUUCUUUUGGGAAAGCCACUGUGUGUGUGUGAGUGUGCAGCCUGUUGGAUCUUCUAUAGCAAGUUAUGCUACAUGUGACAAAGCUACUAAUUUUACAGUACUGCAACCUGUUGUAGGGGUCCAUGGGCCCUCAAUGUGAAAUCUAUGCCAGUUUGGAAAAAUGCUGCUUUGUCUAUAUGACUUUUUUCUUUUCCUAAACCUUCUCAUUCACACAAGGUAUUCAUUAAGGGAAUUCAACAAGAUAAGCAGAACAAAGACUGUCUGGGGUCAAAGGAUUUCUACUUGUUUAAGCAAGAGAGCCUCAAGGUCAGAUAUCUCUGGUUAAUAACAUUUUAUUUCUACAGUUGUGUUUAGCCACUUUUGAGUAAUCUUUGUUUUGUUAAGCUUAUAGCUAUAGCAUCUCAUUUGCUUUCCUGUUGUGUUUUCAGCUUCAGGUUCCAGGUAUUUUUGGUUUAAUAUGCAUUGAUUUGCUAAUUGGAGAAGAGCACACUCUUAACAUUCCCUUUCUUGUUCUCUGGGCCAAAGCUUUUUAGUAAGAGAUUUUUUUUUUAAUCUACUAUACCAAAUACAGACACACACAAACAUUAAAACAAAUAAUGUUCUUGUGCACUAACAUAGAUUUGUGUGUACCUUUAAUGGCAAGGUCUUUAUGCAAAUAGGUGUAUACCUUAGUAUACAGAGCCUAACUUAUCACUUUAACAGUUGGGAAAUCAGCUCAGUCUUCCUUCCAUAUAUAAAAUAUAUAGUGCAUACAUUUAUAUAAAACAGGAAUAUAAUACUGUUUCUUCCAUUUAUACUAGGUAGAUAGAGGAGAUAAAAAAGGUGAUUUAGUUCUAAUCCUUUAGAUAUCCCAAAUUCCCUUUGAAUCAAGAGAUGGUUUUGAGGGCUCAAAGAAUGCACAGUAGAGCCUAUGAUGCAGAAUACUGCCUAUUGAAGUUAAUCUCUUAAGAUAGUUGUGCAGUUGCAUUUGUCAAACCGUUUUACAAACACUGCUUGGAUAGUCCCAAAGUAGUGUCAGAAUAUGGGAAUGGCAGAAAGGUACUGAUUGUCGGAGUAUUUUUUAAGUGCCAUUGCUGUAUCUUGACCAAAUCAAUGCCAAAUGAAAAGUAACACUUUUAAUGUAUAACUGACUGUUAUGGUGCCACUUUGUAAUGUGUUCUACUGAUCCUUCUCCUUUGAGGAAAAAUGAGCACUGUUUUGGGUUUUUUUGUCUUAAAACGAGAAGAGGAGCUUUCAUUAAUUUUAGUGGAGGUUACCUGUGUUCUGCAAGAGGAGAAGGGAAUUCAUUACACUAGAGUGAUAGUCCCCUCUGAAGUCUGAGCUGCAGAUUUCUUUUGCUGAUCCUACACUUGUGCCUUGCUGAUGCCAGGAUGGUCAAAGUGCAAGAUAUGCAAUAGAUAUAAUUGCCCAGGAUGGGGUGGAAUAUUACUCACUUUAAAUCAAACCUGUUACUAAUCCUGCAGACAUUUAUGCAUAUGAAUAACUACACACCUCAUCCUUUCUAGUACAAACACAUGCUUAACUCUACACAUCUUAUGGCUGCUUUCUGAGCCCAUGGAGAUGAUCAGUGUAUGGAGUCAGACAUACAAAGUGUUAUUUGUUACCAGAUCAACGAGUAGUCUUGGUGACAUCAACAGGAUUGUCACAUAAGUGUAGUUAUCCCCAUGUGUAAGGGUGUGCAGGAUUGGCUGUUCUGAGGUGUCGGGGGGAUGAAUGUGCUACCUGUGUGGUUGAAAAGAAAGCGCUUUGCCUAACCUUCAGCAGAAUGUAUUGUAUAAACAUAUUCUAUGUGUAAAGUCUUUAAAGAUGUCUUCAAAGAAGACUAUAGAGUCUUUAAGUUCAAUCAUAGCUAUAUUUUACUACAUUAAAUUCUGUAUAAAGAUAUAUUUAAAUGUUUUAGAUAAAUGUAAGUUACUCUAUAUGAAAUUUUUAAUUUCAUUUACUGUGAAAUUUACAUAUUCUGUAAAUUUUUUUCUGUUUUAACCCUUUCCUUCCUCAGAUGUUUUAUUAGAUAGUUUCUCAUAGGAAGUACUAGAUUUGGUUGUUGGGAUGAAUAGGUUGAGAAAUUUUAUGUAAAAUAGGUGAUUGUAUGUUUUUGAGGGAAACAUGCUGCAUUAUCAAUAUUUUUAUCAAAAAUUUACUCUAAUUUUAAAAUAAUUUAGAUUUCUUUUUACCGCUGGAUAAACCAAAAAUAUAUAAAGAUCAAAGAUUCCAUUUCUUGAGUUGUAUUUGAAAUACAGUUUAAAUUAAUGAACUUUUGAUGUACUCAGCUACUUAAUUCAGCAAUUGUAAUCAAUCUGAAUUAGUUGUUUAUUGGAGGAUACCAAAACCACAUGUGAUUACUUAGCAGAUGGAACAGCCAUUUCUGCUUUGGUAAAGAGAAAGAGAACUGAACCCAGACAUUCCCAGUUAAUAGCUUUAAUGCAAAAUUGUACAGUACUUUCCAGCAGGUGUUAAGCUGCCUGCAGUUCAGAGUGCUGAUGCACCUGGAAGGUCUACUUUUAUAGCAGCCAUUUGUCUCCACUGCAGGUUUCUGUGUGGUGUGUCAAGCUCCUGAGUAUGUAACCCCAAAGCCACUGGUUCCCAUCUCUGUCAAACCUUGGUCUCACAGAGCUGGACCUCUCGUGGGAGGCACUUGUGGGGUGUGGAAGGCCAGGGAGACACUCCUGUCCCAGCCAAGGGUUUAAAGCAGGGCUUUGGAGGGAUGGGCUUGGGGGUAAAUGUCAGGGUGGUGGAAUUGACUGCAAAGGAACUUCUUAUGUAAGAAUGGGAGGACUGGGCUUAAAAGGGACACUUCCUGCCUGCAAAAGCUGUUAGUAAUGUACUUAAAUCCAAAGUAGGCUGCUUAUUGUGUCAUGUAUCAUCUAACCGCUCACUCUAACCCUUUACAGUACGUGGUUUGGGACAUUACUAUAUCCAUGUCUGAAGAAGUCAGAUCUUUGUUAUGCUAUUUUUGGUAGCAUUUUCCACAUGGAAAUGGGUUUUGCAAAAUAUCUGUAGAUGUUGAUGAUUGUAACCUUCCCCUACCCUUUUCUAACAAUUUCUGCCCUGUAUGUACCAUUCUUUGUUACGUAUAUCUACCUCAUACUUCACAAGGAGACUGUACUGUUGGUUGUGCUGACAGCCCUUCAUGUGAGGUGACUGUUCUGCUCUGUUGAUGUUUGUCAUUUCUGGGGUGUUCACAAGAGUUAUCACAUCUUUGCUGCCAUGUUCCUACCAGUUCCAAACAUAAUAUUCUCACCAUCAAAUAAAUACAUUUCUUUAAGAUACAAAUGCCAGAUUUUUUAAAUCAAAGAAUGGGAGAAAUUUAGUUGCUAAUACCUGUGGCCAGUCUGAACACCCCAUUUGUAUUUCAUAUUAUGUUCAGUAUUUCAGAGACUUGUGGAAACACUUAGUUGUACAGUUUUGAUAACCACAGUGUCAUUCAUGUCACCUUAGUCUCUUGUGCAUAAUAAAAUAUAUAUCAAUUUAUUAAUAA